AUGCCAGCCGAGAUCCUCAUUGCCGUCUUCGAAGGCAUUUCUCUCGAUGCCGUCGAGCUCCAAAACGCGGCAAUAUACGUCAAGUAUGAGGAUGGCGAGCAGCGCCUCUACCAUCUCGCUGGUACGAAUCCGCUCUUCAAGGUCGCGAUCGAACUUGGUGGUCCCAAAAAGCUGGGCCUGCAGCUCGCGGACUUGUUUUUAGUCUCAAAUCCAACCGAUACUGUCACGUAG